AUGGCACUGGACAGGCGAUCCUGGCUGGUGGUGACCGGGAGACCCGUCCAGCGGCCCCACCCCGACGCGCCAGGGCACACCAGGACCUUCAGCACCCUGGCCGAGGCGGUGCAGGCCAGCCAGCCGGGGCACACCAUCCUCUUGCAGGGCGGCCAGCCCCACCGCGUGAGCGGCCAACCCGUCGUGAUCAGACACGCGCUGCGCCUGCUGGGCAGCGGCGGCCGUGCGGAAGCUGUGGUCCUGCGCGGCGACCCGGGCCUAGAGACCGUACUGCUCUUCCACUCGCUAGCGCAGCUGCUCAACCUCAGCGUGCACAGCGUGCGCGGCGCCUGUCUCAUGCACCUGGCCGGCACGCUGCGGGUCGGGGGCUGCAUCCUGGAGAGCUCUGCGGCGGGGCUGCCCCACCUCGUGUCUCAGAUCGCUCUGGCGGGGGACGCAGCUGAGAGGCGGAGGCUGCACUUUGACGAGACUCGCCUCCUGGGUGAUUGUGCGCGGCCUGUGGCCACAGGGGGCAUGGGGCGAGUGCUGAACGCGCGGGCCAUCUACCUGCGGCACCAGACGUAUGCCUGGUUCGAUGUGCAUGAGCUCGGCCAAGAGGCUAGCAGGGCUCACCCUCCCGCCGGCGCGCCCGCCACGGCCAAGGAGAAAAGUACCCUGAAGUCUCCCGUGCAGCAGCCCAAGUGGGCAGCAGCGAUCGACCCCGACCGAUUGCGGGCGGAGCAGCCCAGCUCAGAGCGGCUGGACUGA